CUGCUUAAGAGUCAGACUGUUGCUGAGUACCUGGAGUGAGAGGAGCAAGCCAAGAAGAAGCAGAAGCUAGAGUUGGAGUCAGACCAGGAGCCCGAGCCAGAUCUGGGGUUGAAGUUGGAGCGGCUGAGAAGAUGCUGGUUAUCUUGGGACUGUUCACCUGCUUCCUUUCCCUUUUGUACACGACAGCGCCAUUCCUCAGGAAGUACUUUGCGGGUGGAAUUUGCAGAACCAAUGUGCAACUUCCUGGAAAGGUAGUGGUGAUCACUGGUGCCAACACGGGCAUCGGCAAGGAGACAGCCAGGGAGCUUGCCCGCAGAGGAGCCCGAGUGUACAUUGCCUGCCGGGAUGUACUGAAGGGAGAAUCUGCUGCCAGUGAAAUCCGAGCAGAUACAAAGAACUCCCAGGUGCUGGUACGGAAACUGGAUCUAUCUGAUACCAAGUCCAUCCGAGCCUUUGCUGAGGGCUUUCUGGCAGAGGAAAAGAAGCUCCAUAUACUGAUCAAUAAUGCAGGAGUGAUGUUGUGUUCAUUUUCCAAGACCGCAGAUGGCUUUGAAACCCAUAUUGGGGUCAACCACCUGGGCCAUUUUCUUCUCACCUACCUGCUCCUGGAGCAGCUGAAAGAAUCUGCUCCCUCACGGGUGGUGAAUUUGUCAUCAGUGGUGCACCAUGCUGGCAAGAUUCGCUUCCAUGACCUCCAGGGUGAGAAGUACUAUUGCAGGGCUUUUGCCUAUUUCCAUAGCAAGUUGGCUAAUGUGCUUUUUACACGUGAGUUGGCCAAGAGGCUUCAAGGCACAGGGGUCACCACCUAUGCAGUGCACCCAGGCAUCGUCAGCUCUGAGCUGACCCGGCACUCCUUCCUUCUGUGUCUGUUGUGGCGACUCUUCUCCCUCUUUGUCAAGUCCACGCGAGCGGGGGCACAGACCAGCCUGCACUGUGCCCUGGCUGAGGGCCUGGAACCCCUGAGUGGCAAGUACUUCAGUGACUGCAAGAGGACCUGGGUGUCCCCAAGGGCCCGAAAUAAGAAAACAGCUGAGCGUCUGUGGAAUGUCAGCUGUGAGCUCCUAGGAAUCCAGUGGGAAUAGCUGGGGGAAAAGCCAUGGCUUUAUCAGGCCCGAUCCAUGCGAUACUGGAAGUGGGGAAAGAGAAGGCCAACAGUAAAGGAUCGUCCUGCUGACUGGCUGCUGCUUCUGCUGUGAAGCCUGCCUACUUGGAUCCUCCUGACCCUUGUGGAAAUCUUUGCACACCCAACCCUCUUGAGAGGCUGGCUCAUGGCACAAGACAAUUCUUGCUGACAAACCAUUCUUCUCAAGACUUGGAGAGUUGGCAGCUUUCUGGGACGAAGGACUGGCCAGAUUCCACUCAUGCUGGGAAUGGGGUGGAAAAAGAGCCUGAGAAAUUGGGCCGAUUUCCUCACAAGCAACAAAAACACCAGCCUGCGUGCUAAGCUGAGGUGACAGGAGCGUCAGUAUUACAUGUCUUCAGACUCUGUUGCCUUGAACUCUGGAUUGACCUCUUUCCCCUUUGAAAGGCUAUUCAUAACCUUGGAGUCGAGGCCAGGGCAGGAAGACUGAGACUGGCGAACCUUGGCCAAAUUUGAUUUCUUCCUUUGAACACUGGGUGCAGUUGGGCACUCCCAUUUCCCAUCAUGCAGGUGGUUUCCUCUAAAAAGUUU